UGGGUUGCGUUGUGUCGCGUGCGAGAAUGGCGCGGUUUUCUUGAGGGGCGGGCAGGAGGAGGAGCCGCCGGUGGUGGUGGCGGAGGAGGAGGGAAGGGCGGUCCCGCGGCUCGGCGGCAUCUCCGGGGAGGAUGCCGGUCCAUUCCCGGGAGAAGAAGGAGAACAACCAUGAUGAGAUGGAGGUGGAUUACGGGGAGAACGAGGGGAGCUCCUCGGAGGAGGAGGAGACCGAGAGCUCGUCUGUGUCCGAGGAGGGGGACAGCUCAGAAAUGGAUGAUGAGGACUGUGAAAGAAGAAGAAUGGAAUGCUUAGAUGAAAUGUCCAAUCUUGAAAAACAAUUUACAGACCUCAAAGAUCAACUUUACAAAGAAAGAUUAAGCCAAGUGGAUGCAAAACUACAGGAGGUCAUAGCUGGAAAGGCACAAGAAUACUUGGAACCACUGGCAGCUUUACAAGAAAACAUGCAAAUCCGAACAAAGGUGGCAGGUAUCUAUAGAGAGCUCUGUUUAGAGUCUGUAAAGAACAAAUAUGAAUGUGAAAUUCAAGCUUCUCGCCAACACUGUGAGAGUGAGAAGCUCUUGUUGUAUGAUACUGUACAAAGUGAACUAGAAGAGAAGAUCAGGAGAUUAGAAGAAGACAGGCAUAGCAUUGACAUUACCUCAGAGUUAUGGAAUGAUGAACUACAGUCCAGGAAAAAAAGGAAGGAUCCAUUUAGUCCAGAUAAAAAGAAACCUGUUGUCAUAUCAGGUCCCUAUAUAGUUUAUAUGUUACAAGACCUCGAUAUACUUGAAGAUUGGACAACAAUAAGGAAGGCAAUGGCUACGCUGGGGCCACACAGAGUAAAGCCGGAACCGCCUGUCAAAUUAGAAAAGCAUCUGCACAGUGCUAGGUCUGAAGAAGGAAGACUAUAUUAUGAUGGAGAGUGGUAUGGACGUGGACAGACAAUAUGUAUUGAUAAGAAAGAUGAGUGCCCUACAAGGAAGCCCACUUCAGAUUGGUGGAUUGAUAAGGUUUUCUCAAUGGUGCCAUAAUUACAACAAUUAACCAUGAUGAAGUGUGGUUUAAGAGGCCUGAUGGAAGUAAAUCCAAACUGUAUAUUUCUCAGUUACAGAAAGGAAAGUAUUCAAUAAAACAUAACCACAAUUGACCAUUACUAAUCAGAUGUGUAACAAGUGGUGUUACCAUGCUUGAUGUGCCAUGAGGUGAAAGAUGUAUUUAAUAAUGUUUUGUAUUCUUAUUAAAUUUAUGGCAGUAUCUGAUGUAUUUGUAGUACUGUAGGUAAACUUCAUGUGGAUGUCCUUGAAUAGGUGAUGACUCUUAAUCAUGUUGACCAAGACAUUUUACCUCUAAGUUGGGUCUAGUGCCUAAGAUAUGAAGUAUGCCUUCACAGAUAAUGGCUGAACUUCUGAUUUAAAAAUAUCUGUAAAAUGCAAAACAUUUGCUUUUAUUAUUGGUGACUAGAUUGUGUGGUAAUUGUGCAAUUAUUUUUACCAGCAGUUCACUCCAUAUAUUAAGUGAAUUGUCAUGUUUAUCUUGGGAGUGUAAGUUAGUCUGCACAAAUGUUGCUUCUGAAUAGUCUAAUGACUUAAGUAUUCUUUUAUCCAAAGUGAACAGAAUUUUUUAAACUUGAGACCCUGGACAGCUCUGACUUUUAUAAGGUUUACCAUGCCACUUGUAACAAAACAAAGUCAACAUUAAGAAAUUUUUGAGGAGCACUUUCUGGUACCCCAUAAUAAAUUUAAAAUGUUGGUGGCUUUCUUUUCUAGGUUAUGCAAGAACAUCAGUAGCAAAGCCAAUGUAAAAUUAGGUACACUACAGGUAGAGGCAGUGCUAUGUGGCCCGUAGAGGGUAUGAGUGCCUGGCAAUAGUACGAUGUAAAUGGUAAAUAACUGAAAGUAUUAUAUUGCAUGCUGUACUUGUAUGAUCUAUAGUCUUAUGAAACAAAUAUUCUAAAAACACUUUGUCAAAAGUAAAAUGUACCCUCAGAAAUGGUAUACCUGGGACAAAUUAACAGUGACCUACUCACCAUAUGCCAUCUUUCCAAAUUUCCCAUAUUUUACUCUCUUCUUAAUGGAAUUGUUUCAUGCAGUUUAAAGAAAGUUAAGCUUGCACAGAAGUUAUAUUUCAAGACAUCAGAGGCAGAGUCUGAAAUCCUUAAUGUUAUAGUACAUGUUUGGAGCGUGUAGAAUAACAUGGGAUUGGAUUGGAUUGGUGGGAUUGGAGAAAAGUAAUUUUUUUUUCCUGGUGGUUGUGUGCACUUUAUUGUCCAUUAUGAUGACACUUCUUGGAGCAAGGAAAACAUGCAUUUGCUUAAAUUGAUCCUGGCAAUGCAAAACUCUUUUGUCCUACAUGAUACUUAACUGCUUUACCUCUGAAAUGUCAUUGCUGAUGCAGGAUGGUCACUACUUGACUGUUGCCAAAGGUCUAAAAGAUUGGACCUUUACAGUAAUAGAAAAGCAUUGCUCAGGAUAAACUGCAUGUCACAUUAACAUUAGUCAACUGUACAUAAAAUGACAGUUGAUGUGUUGGCUUUUGACAGUACUUACUGUAUGUACACAGUUUGAUAAAAAAUUUGUAAUAAAAUAUUUGUAUUUUUUAACGUAGUGUAUAAAUGAUCUGUGAUAGUGGACACUUUGUACAGUUGUGUUACUCUUUUUAUUUUUCCUUGAGAGUUGCAGAUGUUUAAUUCUAAAGAGAGCUAAAAAUAUUGUAGUUUUUAAUGUUGCCUAGAAAUGUUUGUCUUCCACAGAACCUAAAAAGGUGAAUACAGAUAUUUUACUGGAAAAUCACUUUUAAAUCCGAUAUCUUUGCAAUAAACUAAAAUGUAGAAGUCCAUAUUUCAGUAUACAUAUGGACUUGUGUAACCAGAGAUGUAAUACAAGUCUCUGUCUUUCUGGCUUCUUUACCCCCAGGUCUUUAUAAUAUGUGAAAGCUUAAAUCCUACAGAAGUAUAAGUCAUACACAUGUACUAAACAAGAUUUGUUAGAAAAUUGUAGAAAUACACAGUUGUUAAUUUGAAAGUUAACACUUUUUUUUAGUUUUUUCAAAAUCUUUGAAGAAGGAACUGCACAAGUUACUCACAAAUGCUAUCUAAGUGUGUAAAUGUGCAACUUUAAUUUAGGUUGGGGAAGUGAAUUUGGGCAUUACUGUAAUAUGGACAUUAUGCAUUACUCAAGCAUUUUGAACAGCUGGUCACAGUAAUAUUAAUAUUAAUAUUAAAUAUUAAUAUUAAACUUUUGCCUGCAAGAGAGCAGAAUGAGUGCAAAGCAAACUUAAGCAUUGUGGAAAAUAGUUCACGGUCUAGAAUAGGUGUGCAGGGGAAUGUUAGUUUAUAUUGGGCAUGUAUCUUGAGAGUAUAGUCUUUGUACACAAGCUCAGUAUUUGCUGCUUUGUCUCCAUGCUAUCCCUUGUUACUGGUACCAAGCUAGUAUCACACUCUUGAGACCUGCUCUACACUAACAAAUGUGAUUGUCAGCUAACCCUUUAACACUGUUCAGACACUAUAUAGACAAGUAAGGGCUUGCUUAGCAUUUGUAACUAAACAGUCUUCAACCCCAGUUCAGCUAUCACAAUUGCUGCCCUUAAAUUUUGUAGUGUAGAGCAAGCAUGAGACCUGGGUACAAAGUAAUGCCUGUCUGCAACUGAUAUGAAUGGGACAGAAUUGAGUUUGGGGGCUGGGGAGGAAAUUAGAAGUCUAUAUUGAAAGAGUGGGUUUUAAAAGCACAUUGCUUACUUUUUGACCUGCCUGAUUUACUCAAUAAAUCAUUUAAAGGGUAUGUCUGCACUGUAGCUGGGAGGUGAGAUUCCCAGCACAAGUAAACAGACUCCGCUCGAGCUAGCAUGCAUAAAAAAUAGCAAUGCGGAUGUUAUCGCAUGGGCGGCAGCUCAGACUAUCUAUUUACACUCAAACCUAGGGAGUUGGCCAGGCUUGGGGAUGGGUGACUAGCCCGAAUUGCCAUCUGUGCAGCACAGUCCAUACGGCUGUUUUUAGUGCGCUACCUCAAGCAGUACUAGCAUGAAGCUUUCUACCUGUGCUGGCAAUCACACCUCCCAGCUGCAGUGUAGAGAGACUAAGCAACUCUUGGAUUUUCCUGGCAAGUAAGAGGCUAAGACAGAUUCUGAACUUUUGCAUUAGAUACAAGUUAACUACUUUUUUUUAAUUUGGAAUUUUUAAAAUUGGCAUUCCAAGUCCAGUGCUUUUCCCAUUAAUUUCAAUGCAGAAUUACUUUAUAUUCUGUCAAAAUUAUUUUACUCCUGCAUGUUCAGCAGAAAAGGGACAUGUCCAUGGAGUAAACAUGGAUAAUGGUUGCCAAAGAAAAGCUGAAACUUCAAGAGGAGUUGAUUUGUUUUGGUAGUGCUCCCUAUUUAUUAGUGAUCAGGAAAAAGGAGGGCACUGUACUGUGACAAAAUUUGUAGACUCAAUUACUUAGUCAAAUGAAGAGAACAUCCAGAACUUUAUAGGGACUUGGCUAAGCUGCAUAAAAGGGAGGGGUCUAUGAUAGACCACCCAAAUCAGGAAGACGAGAUGGAUGAGGCAUUUUUAGAACAAAUAACAAAUAUCCAAAACACAAGAGCUGGUAGUAAUGGGGGACUCUACCUCCCCAGACAGCCGUUAGAAAAAUAAUCUAACAAAACAUAAUAUCUUCAAAUGUACUGGGGACAACUUUGUUUUAGAAAGUUGAGGAAAUAACCUGGAGAGAGCCAUUUUAGAGUUGACUCUGACCAAGAGGGAGGAAUAAGUUGCUAGUCUGAAGGAAGAAGGCAAUUUGAGUGAAAUUGAUAGGUUUCACGAUUCUAAAGGAAGGAGUGAGAGCAGCAGAAUAAGGACAAUAUACUUCAAAACAGACUUUAACAAACUCAGAGCGGCUAGGUAAGGUCCCUGGGAAGAAAAUCUAAGGGGAAAAGAAGUACAGGAAAGCUGGCAGUUUCUUAAGGAGACCAUAUUAAAGGCAUAAUUGCCAACUAUUCCAAUGUAAGGGAAAGAUAGGAAGAGGCUAGUAUUGCUCCAUCAAGAGCUCUUUAAUUACCUGAAAAUCAAAAAGGAAUCCUACAAAAAGUGGAAACAUGGAUGAACUGCUGAGGAAUACAAAAGAAUAGUACAACCAUGUAGGGACAAAAUGAGAGAGGAUAAAGCAUAAAAUAUGAUACACUUAGCAAAGGACAUAAAAGACAAUCUGAGGUUCUUUAAAUACAUUAGGAGCAACAGAAAGAUGAAGAAAAGUGUAGGUCCUCUAGUUAGUGGGGAAGGAGAGCUAAUAGCAGAUGCCAAGAAGGCUGAGGUGUUUAAUCCCUAUUUUGCUUCAGUUUUCGGUAACAAGGUUAAUGGUGACCAGAUACUCAACACAAUUAGAGGUUAAAGAAUAUUUAGAUAAAUUAGAUGUAUUCAAGCUGGCAAGGCCUGAUGAAAUUCAUCCUACGAUACUUAAGGAAUUAUAUGACUCAACUUUGGAACAGUUAGCAGUUCUUUGAGAACUGAUGGGGAAUGGGUGAGUUCCAGAGGAUGAGAGAAAGGUACUAUGUUUUCCUAUCUUUAAAAAGGGGGACAAACAGGACCUGGGGAACAUAAGACCAGUUUGAUACCUGGAGAUACUGGAAUGAAUUAUUAACCAAUCUAGAAGAUUACAGUGUUAUAAGGAAUAGCCAACAUGAUUUUGUCAAGAAUAAAUCAUGCCAAACGAACCUAACUUGCUUCUUUGACAGUGUUACUGUCCUAGUGGAUAAGGGGAAGCAGUAGUCCUGAUAUCUUGAGUUUAGUAAGGCUUUUGAUGCAAUCCCACAUGACAUUGUCAUAAGCAAACUAGGGAAAUGGGGUCAAGAUGAAAUUACUAUAAAAUGAGUGCACAGCUGGUUGAAACACUAUAUUGAAAGAAUAAUUGUGAUGCUGGCAGACCAGGUGCCAGCUCUUGCCAAGGCUUUAGGCCUCAGCUGAGCACUGACAGAUUCACUGCUGGAAACCACUCUGUUUCACCUGUGCUGGUAUAAUUAAGAUGGGUCCUUGAACUUAUUAACAAUGUGUUUAGUCUUUAUGAAAUGCUUGUAAGUUGCUGCUUACAUUAAUCUCACUUACAACAUCUUUAUCACAUGCUAUAAGGCAAUAUAAUUUUUUGCUUUAUAACUGCAAAAAAUGUUUGCUCUGAAACAGUGAACCCAGUCAGGAGGAAUUCUCUUCUAACUAUCAAGGUGGCCUGUCAAAAGUAAAUGGGCCACUGUGGGACAUCACUAUACAAAGACUUUAUUUGCCCCUUCAUACCCAUAAAGAGGCUACAUGCAAAAGGGCUUGUCUCAUCAGCUUGAAUUCUAGAAGAAGGAAAUAAAAAUAGCUGACAUUUUUUCAUCUCUUUUGCUAUUUAGAGUCUUUCAGGUCCACAGCCG